GCUUUUGAGUUCCUUCUAAACAUGAGAGCAGGGAUGUGUUUGUGGAUCUGUUUCGUGCUGUUCCUCUGUCCUUUCUACUGGUGUGCCUUGCCUCCACCUUGUGACAGUGAGAUCUACUGUUAUGGAGACAUCCUACGGCAGGUUCAGACCGCCAAACUCUUUGAUGAUGACAAGUACUUUGUGGAUAUGAAGCUGAAGUCAGCCCCUGAUAUUAUCCUGACAGCGUUUCACAACCUGACACACGGAGAUCCUAACUCUGUCCCGCCGGCCGUACUGAGAGACUUCCUUCUCGAGUACUUUGAAGAACCAGGGAUGGAGUUUGAGCCGUGGUUCCCACCUGACUGGCAUGACAAGCCACAGUUCCUGACUGGAAUAGCAGACGCAGAACUGCGUAGCUGGGCGGAGAAGCUGCAUCAUCUGUGGAAGUCUCUUGGGAGAAAGAUCAGUAGUGAUGCUUUGGCCAACCCAGACCAGUACUCUCAGAUCUUCACCCCCCACCCUUUCGUCGUACCUGGAGGACGUUUCAGGGAACUGUACUACUGGGACUCCUACUGGGUGAUCAAUGGUCUCCUGCUCUCUGAGAUGACAGACACCGCCCGUGGGAUGAUCCUCAACUUCAUCCACCUCAUCAACCGAUAUGGUUUCAUCCCCAACGGGGCCAGAGUUUACUACGAGCGUCGCAGUCAGCCCCCCUUCCUGACUCUGAUGGUGGAGAGUUACUAUCAGACCACUAACGACAAAGAUUUCCUCAGGACUGCUCUGCCAGCCCUAGAUUAUAAUCAACCUACUCUACUUGGACUUGCUCUGCCAGCCCUAGAGCAGGAGUAUUACUGUUUCUGGAUGCGGAACCGCUCUGUGGCCGUUAGGGUGACGGGAUCUACUGUUCCUGAACCGUUUGAUGUCAGCGUCGGCCUGCCAGAUGCUGCAGAGAGGCUGUGGAAAGAGCUGCAUUCAGGAGCCAGAGUCCGGACUCAACGCUCUGUCUGUCGCAAGAGGGACCUGGCUCACUUCUACAGACGCUGGACUAGCGGUGGUCUUGACUUCCCUAACGGUGUCCCUACGUCCCUGGUUGACAGUGGUCAGCAGUGGGACUACCCCAAUGCAUGGCCCCCUCUGCAACACAUACUCAUCCAAGGCCUGUCCAGUUUGCCCUCACAGGAAGCUAAAGAGCUGGGGUUUGAUUUGGCUCAGCGCUGGAUCAGAACCAACUGGCUGGCCUACGUCAAGUAUGAAGCCAUGUUUGAGAAGUAUAAUGUGAACGGAGAUGGGAAGCCUGGUGGAGGAGGAGAAUAUGAAGUUCAGUUGGGAUUUGGCUGGACCAAUGGUGUGGCUCUCCAGCUGCUGUCUCAGUACGGUGACCGGCUCACCUCGGGUGGCAGCGGAAACGGCUUCGCUCCGUGUUUAAGCAUCAGCGUCUCUGUGGCCCUGCUCUGCUCAGCACAAACUCUGUUCCUAUGAAAUACAAUGGGUGGGAGGGUGGAGUUGCCCCUAGACGCUGAUCUCGGGUCAGUUUCCCCCCCCACUAAUAGUUAGGAUUGGGGCGGAGUAAGCUGGUCCUAGAUCUGUACGUAGGGGGAAACUUCACUUUGAAGAUUUGAAAAUGUUAAUGCUUAGAGCAGAAUCAUGAUGGUUAAACUGUACAGAGUCUGAAAAUGAAGAUAAUUGAAACUCUGUUUCCCCUGCUAACUAUCAUAGUGAGGGUGUGUGUGUGUGUGUGUGCGCGCCACUAUCUAUCGUAGGCUAUGAGUCUUCUCACUGCUUGAUAUUAAACUGACACACACACACACACACACACACACACACACACACACACACACACACACACACAUGAUUAUCAUGGUAGCUGAUAUUGAACUGAAAUCACAAACAAUAAUUAUCUUCGUCCAAAUAAAGGGUAUUUCACUGUAGCUGAACUCUCGGCGUGUCAGGAAGCAUCUCCAUACUAACUGGACGUUAGAUGUGGAACCAUUGAUGUGUGAGAGAGCACGCCUCAAAUGGAACCCCGUUCCCUACUCUAGACCAGGGCCCUAGUGCACGUUAAAAAGGAUAGGGAGCUAUUUAGGACGGAGACAAAGUAUGAGAUGUGCAGUGAUUGGUUUAAAGGUAAUCCAAUCUAGUGGUGUGAGAUGUGCAGUGAUUGGUUUAAAGAUAAUCUGCCUCUAGUGGUGUGAGAUGUGCAGUGAUUGGUUUAA